AUGUCGGUGCCCAUCGAGAGCUCGCAAGAUGAGGAAAAGGCCAUACAACACCCCGGCUCUGAAUCCGCCUCGGAGCCCGCCUCUGAGAGCCCUGCGCUGGACUCAGCUCUCCCACCAGAGGGCGGCCUUCGAGGUUGGCUUUGUUGCGCUGGUGGCUCCCUAGGUCUAUUUGCUACCUUGGGCUUUCUGAAUGCCAUUGGCAUUUUCCAAACCUUUUAUCAAGAGAAUCUCUUGAAAGACUACACCUCUUCCGACAUCUCAUGGAUUUUCACAAUUCAGCUUGCUCUCAUUUGGGCUCCAGGUUCCCUAUUUGGUCGCAUUGUUGAUACCUACGGACCGCGCCCGGUCAUGUUGCCCUGUACCAUACUUUGCCUCUUCUCACUGUGUAUGACAAGCCUGGCCACCGAAUACUAUCAGAUCAUAUUGGCGCAGGGAAUAGGUUAUGGACUCGGCGCUGGAGGUAUUUUCACAACGUGCUUGAUCUGUGUGGGGCAGUGGUUCGUCAAGCAGCGCGGCCUUGCUAUGGGAAUUACUGUGGCGGGUAGCAGUAUUGGUGGUGUGAUAUUCCCGUUUUUCCUGCAACUGGUUAUGGAAGACGUGGGAUUCAAUGGCAUGGUACGCUACACGGCGCUGUUCCUAGGCAUCGCUUUGAUUGGCGCCUUCUUUCUCCUCAGUGCGCGCCUGCCUCCUAAGAAGUGGGACUCGAACAUGACAUGGUUUGACGUCAAGUUGUUCAAAAACCGAGGUUUUGCUUUCUAUGCCAUCGGCUCAUAUUUUGUCAUGUGGGGAUUGUGGGCACCUUUCGAUUAUCUUCCUAGCAUGGCCCAAUUGUCAGGAAUGUCGGAUUCGUUGGCCCUCUACCUGAUCGCUAUCGUGAAUGCUGCUUCACUUUUUGGACGAGUUAUUCCCGGCCACAUCGGCGACAAGGUGGGAUACUUUAAUAUCAUUACCGCAUCCGCUUUCUUAAGCUGCCUGUCGAUCCUCUGUUUAUGGCUGCCUUUCGAUUACCAUUCUUCAAAUGCCGGCCUCAUUGUCUUCGCUGUGGCUUACGGCUUUUUCAGCGGUGCCUUCGUCAGCAUCAUGAUGCCAUGCUGUGGAAAGUCCGGCAGCAUCGAGACCCUGGGGAGACAAAUAGGUACUUACCAGGGUGUCAUCGCUAUCUCCACUCUGACUGGCCUGCCGAUCAUGGGAGCUAUCUUGGGAAGGCAGCAUAAUGCAACCUACAUGGGCAUGCAAGUAUUUGCCAUUGUGACUAUGUUCAUCGGUGCCUUGUUCCUCUUGGCUUCUCGAAAUGUCCUGGCUGCGGCUCACGGAACAUGGAAAUACUGA